AGUGUCAUAAACUAAUUCCAUUGUAAUUUCAGGUACAUGAUAGAUCGUAAAUCCGCGACACACGUGUCACCGAAGGUUCAAGACCUAUUCUUUAUGAUGGCUGUAUCGAAUUCCUGCAUGGACCCUCUCGUGUACGGCUCUUAUACAUUGGACCCGAGGACCUUCUCCAACAGUAUCAGGAAAAUAUUCUGCAUCACAUCCAGGACUACUGACAUACCUGGAAUUUGUGGACCAGUGAUCAAAAGUAAAAGCACAGAAAACAAUCAAGAUAACAUAAAACUGAAUUCGACACGUCAAUUCGACCACUUCAAAGAUCUAUCAAGUAAGCAACCGUGUGUGAACUCGGAGCCUGUGGUUUUCACGACAGUAGACCAGCCGAUAAAGCCGGCGAUAAGUUGCGACCU